UAUACGCAUGUGGUAUGAUCAUGACCCAUUUGAUGUUAACAGUUGUUGUUUCCAGGAAGCAUCUCUGCUUUGGGUUCAAUCCCAUUUUAUCUUCUCUGAACGCAGGGUCAAGGGUAUAGCUGUUUACUUUGACCAGAGAUUGUCACUAUAUAAACAAAUUGAAGUUAAAGGAUGUUCCUUUCUAUGAACGAAGUAAAAACAGGGAAAGUGGGAACUCAGUAAUACUCCAUGAGCACCACAGUGGCUACCUCCAAUGAAUGGAUGCAAUUCUAUGAACAAACUGUCGAUGAACUGUCAGCAUCAUCGUUGGGAUUCUCUGAUGCCACUGUCGUGGCAACAAGUGUCUUUUCCAAGAGCAACCUUAGCCCUCGCAGUAGCAGUUUACAUUCAGCAAGUUAUCGAUUGACGCCAAAGGGUUCUUCCCCAAAGCCAAUAAGAAAAAGGUCUAGAGCUUCCAAGAAAACACCCACCACCCUUCUCAAUGCCAACGCAAGCAAUUUUCGAGCCUUGGUGCAACAAUUUACAGGUUGUCCCAGCACACCCCUUUCACUAGGGAACGGAAGAGGCCCAAUUAAUUUGAAUUUUACUCUCGGGAGUGAACGGAAUCAAAGCAGUUCUGCAACUUCCUUAAUGUCAGCUUCCGGCAACGAUUAUUAUUAUCAUCAACAAAGCGAUCAAGAGCAGCUGCGGCAGCAAGAGAACGCAUCUCACCGGCAACAUCAGCAUUUGUACCAGGAAAAACAACAUGCAGUAUCAUUUGACGAUGUUCACCAGGAUGCCUUCUUUAGCUCUUCUAGCGUUAGAUUUAAUGCAGAUCAGAUCCUUGACGGUUUUGAAUUGGAUCAUAUUUCUUUACCGGCGCUUAAUAGGGACAUCCCCUACUCCAAUGAAAAUGCAAAUGAUGGCAAUUACUUCUUGUAAGGAUUAUGUUAUUGUUAUCUCGCCAUUCAUCACCUAGUUUUGGUGGUUGUUUAUCUGUCGGAAUUUGAUUAGGAAUCAGGAAUAUUUGUCUUUAUUAUUUUUUUUGUUUGCAUUCUUGUCAUAGACAAGGAAUCGGGAAUUACUGUAUGUUUACUUGUUAAAGGACAUCAACAGGAAACAUGUGCUUACUCUAUGUUUACUUGUUAAAGCAUUGUCUCUCCUGUUGCUCAGAACAACGGUUUGAUUUUGUUCAAUUAGGGAUGUAAAGGAGCAGCACAAAACAAAGUAAGGUUUUAUUCAAUUAGCAGGCUAAAAUUCAAUUAUUUACAUCCAUCAAGUUAAAUAAGUUA